GUGCAUCUUCAUAUUUGGGUUGACCGGCCCGGAUAGCACAGUUGGUAGAGCGUCCGCUUCGGGACCGGUAGAUCCAGGAUCAAUCCUUGAUCGAGUCACACCUAAGACUUUAAAAGAGGAAGUUGUAACUUCCUCGCUUGGCGUUCAGCAUGAAGGGGAUAGUGCAACGACUGUUUGACCCGUAUCAGUAUAAUGGCUCGGGCGGGGCGGCUUACUUGCCCUCGGUAAGUCGUCUCAGUGAAGCAGCACUAAAUAAAAGAGCGGUCCUGCAACAAGGAGGCACAUUACACGUACAUGCACCCUAAUGAUUCCUUCGUCGUCAUAUGACUGAAAAAAUUGUUGAGUACGACCUUAAACCCCAAGCACUCACUCACUCACUCACUCAUAUUUCGGUUUGCUGAUCGUCUUCUCUUUUUCUCGUUAAAACCAGGUUCAAACUAACAAUGUUUAUUACUUAUCAAUUUAGAAAUUGUACGUAUACUACACAUAGAUAUUGAAUAUGUACAUCUAUACUAAUAUGACAUGCCUAACUCAGCAUGGGCAAUUCUGGCACAUCUCUUGCUUGGUACUGAACACCAGGAAUUAAAACAACCACUAGUGUCUAUAUUUUGUGUCUCAGGCAUAUUUUCCACAUGGUAUCGCUCUAUAAACAGGUCGGUAUUGAAGUCAAGUUUUAAAGCGAUACACGCGUGAAAUGAACGAAAUUUUAAUGAAAGCAGACUUAAACCACCAGCAAAGACAAGAGCGAACAUGCAGACUGACAAGCAUAUGUCUUACACAGAGGUCUCCAUAGGUCUGUAGGUCUGUCCCUAUAGUAAUUCUGGUGUUGGUAUUUUAAGUUUUUACAUGUUAUUAUGUUUAUUGUUAUUUUUUUUUUUUAUUAUUUACAAAGUUUCUUGAAAUCAUGAACAAUUUGUGUCAGUAUAUGUCGGUAACACCGGUUUUGUGUGGAGUCACAGAUGAGUAAAUUACAUCAGUUUAUAGUGGCGGCAAAAGGUCUGUGACUGUUGAACUUACUUGUUUCACGGAGGGCAUAUGUUUUGUGUGUCAAAUGAAACAUCGCCCACGUGUCAUGCAGGGACGACUACUCUUAACAGAGCAGGCGCAUCUUGUCACAUGACUGACACUCAUAGAACUGAUUUGUAUACGAAGGCCAUACAGUUAGAGGCGUGAAAUCAGUAACCCACAAUAAUCGGGCUGAAAUGGCAACAGAGAAUACAGGUCUGCUGGGUAAAACUCAGAGCCAGUCUGGCUAUGCAGCUACGCCUCCACCGAGUGGGGCAGCUGGAUACUCUGGUGGCCCACCCGCAGGAGCAGCACCCCCACAGAGCGGGCCUCCCCCAGCCGGAUUCGCUCCGGGACAAGGAUCAGCGCCUUCGGCCGACCAGAUGGAAAAAGUCUCCGGAUACGAAGAUGUUGGCAUGAAUGCAGAGUUUUUGCUACCUCCUCAGAUUGACCCGUCUAACUUACCUGGACCGCCAGAACACAGAGAGUUUAGAAACGUUCCAUCCAUCACAGAAGAACAGGCGCGCGAAGCCCUACUGCAUUUCGUGAGCGAGCACUGUUGUUAUGGAAAAGGAGCAGCGACUGAACUGAAGUUCACCGACCUCAGGUCCUCCAGUGCUUUUCAUUACACUUUGGAAACCUUUACAGAAGCUCGGCAGACAGCCUGGACUUUCGAGCCAUAUACCGGCCAGCCUGUAGAUGGGCCUCAGAAUGGACAUGCCCCUGGCCCUUGGGAUAUCCACGUAAACCCACCUGGUCAAUUUGUUGAUGGAACCGUGAAAAUAGAGGUGCCACACACAGCCUCCCUCAAGCCAUGUCAUCAGUGUGCAGCUAUUGGCCGGGUUCGUUGUGAUAGGUGUAUGGGCGACGGCGGGUCGUAUUGCCACACUUGUAAUGGGACUGGUCGGGAAAGAUACUACGAGGACGGCCAUCAUCAUCACCGCUCUUGCUGCUGGUGUAACGGAUCGGGGAGGCGAAGAUGUACCCACUGUAGUGGACAUGGACAGAUCACCUGCCCUACCUGCGCCGGAAGGGCGAACCUGAAGUGGUUUAUACGCCUCACUGUGAACUGGCACAACCACCUGGGUGAUCACAUCGUGGAGAGGACACCCUUGCCAGAUGAGCUGAUCAGAAGUGUCAGUGGCCAGAUUGCCUUCGAGGAAAGCCAACCAAAGGUUUGGCCAAUAAAUCAUUUCCCGGAUCAAGAAGUGAACAAUGCCUCAAAUUCCCUGAUUAGGCAACACGAGUCGGCCUUUUCCAGUGAAAGACAACUACAACAGCGCCAUCGAGUCCGUAUCGUUCCAGUGACCCAAGCGUUUUACAAGUUCAAGGGCCAGGACAGUAGUUUCUUUGUAUAUGGGUUUGAGCACAAAGUGCACGCGCCUGACUACCCCCAGAAAUGCUGCUGUGGGUGCCAAAUAUUGUAGGAAUCCGGGAAGUGGAACUACGUCUGUUGUGCUCAACCAUGUUUGGCUAUGUAUUUCCAAUGCACGUCAUGUUGUAAACUGGUGGACUACUUACGCGAACAAUUGUUUUUAUAUACCGUCAACUGUUGAACAUGGAUCAUGGCUAAACUUUACCAAGCAAGCGUGCCGAUUAUAAGAUAUCAUAUAGUCAUAUAUAUCAUGCUUUCAGUCCCAGAGAUUCACAUAAUUAUAUUAUCAGUAUACUUCUAAUUGUUUACCUAAAGGUUAUCACAAACGUACACUGUGACCUACAUAUUCUUACCCUUGUUUUGUGUAAAUCAGUUUUGAAUAAAUCGUCAUU